AUGUCCAACGUGUCCCACACCACCAUCUUCCUCAUCGGUGCCACAGGCUAUAUAGGAGGUGCUCUUCUAACGCGCCUCCUUGCACAUCCCUCUGCAAAGACUUUCGAUAUAACCGUCUUCUUACGGUCUGCGGAGAAGGCGAAGCUCCUAGAGUCCAACUUUGGUGUGAAGGCAGUGGUGGGCACGCUUGCGGAGCUCGACAAACUCGAGGCGCAGACCGCGGCCGCACAUGUCGUCUUCUCUUGCGCGGACUGUGACGAUGUCCCUGCGAUCGAAGCCAUCCUCAGAGGACACCGCAAGAGGCAUGCCACGACCGGAGAUCUUCCGAUCCUGAUCCACACGUCAGGCACAGGAGAGUUAACGGACAACGCAAAAGGGCUGCACACAACCGAUACAAUUUACAACGACCUUGACCCUGCGCAAAUUGAGACGCUUCCGCCCACAGCUAUUCAUCGGCCCGUCGACCUCGCGAUCGUCCGUGCGGAUGCAGAAGGGUACGUGCGCACGCACAUCAUUCUGCCAUCUGUGAUCUACGGGAUCGCGGGCGGCCCGCUCGUUGCUGCAGGCAUAUCGAACCCGCAUUCGAUCGCGAUUCCCUACCUCAUCCGUGCGUCGCUCGACCGCCGCCAGGCGGGCAUGGUCGGCCACGGCGUCUCCUUCUGGCCAGUCGUACACAUCGACGACGUGGCUGGCCUUUACAUUGUGCUGUACGACGCGAUCGUCGCGAGCCCUGAGAACGUCGGCCAUGGACGUGAGGGAUACUACUUCGGUGAGGCGGGCGAAACCGCGUGGGCCGACAUCUCACGUGCAAUCGGUGUCGCGCUCGUCGAGCUGGGCAUCAGCACCACCGCCGAGCCAACAACUUUUACCACUGAGGAGCUGAUCAAGUACUUUGGAUCCGAGAUGGGAAACAUCAUGGGAAGCAAUUCACGUUGUCGUGGCAAUCGUGGGCGUGCGCUGGGGUGGAAGCCCGUCCAUACGACCGCCGACAUGAUUGCAAGCAUCAAGCCCGAGAUCAAGGCGUUGAUUGCGAACCCCUCCUACAUGGCUAUUGUCACCAAUUGA